ACCGCGGGAGGUAAUGCUGGCUCCGUUUUGAGUGGCUUGGGGAGAGUGAAGAAGCCCCAAGAUGGAGGACUUUUCUACCAGGACCUACAGCACUGGGGGCAUGGACAACAGACCUCUGUUCGGGGAGACGUCGGCCAAGGAUCGAAUCAUCAAUUUAGUUGUUGGCAGCUUAACAUCCUUAUUGAUUCUAGUAACGCUGAUUAGUGCUUUUGUUUUCCCUCAACUACCUCCAAAACCACUGAAUAUAUUUUUUGCUGUCUGCAUUUCUUUGAGUAGUAUUACUGCCUGCAUACUUAUCUACUGGUAUCGACAAGGAGACUUAGAACCAAAAUUUAGAAAUCUAAUUUACUAUAUCUUAUUUUCUAUCAUCAUGUUAUGUAUAUGUGCGAACCUGUACUUCCAUGAUGUGGGAAAGUGAGGCUGCCAAGGAGAAAUCCUUA